AUCCAUUUAAUUGUCAGUUGGGCUUGUUUUGUAUUUUUUGCUGUCGAAUUAUGAAGUGUUCUGACGUUUAACAUUAAUUUGUGCAUUUCUUUGAAUUUCCAUUGAACGUGAUACAGUCGUCAAGUAAUUGAAACUAAGUAAACAAUGGGAGAUUCAAAGGAGUCCGAAAAGGCGUAUUUAUUAAACGAAGAUGCCGAAAACAAGCUAUACACACAAGAAACGGAGUCGACGAUUCCUUCCCGACAAGGCGAACAAACAACGGUUUCACCCAUUGGGCCAGAUGAAUUACCACCGCCUUUUUACCAACCCUCCGAGGGAGGUAAUGGAGUGCCAAUGGUUACUUGUAGGGUAUGCCAGGCCAUGAUUGAUAUUUCUGGCAAGCGGGAUCAACAUGUUGUCAAAUGCAGUCAGUGUAAUGAGGCCACGCCAAUCCGCAAUGCUCCUCCUGGCAAGAAGUAUGUAAGAUGUCCAUGCAAUUGCUUGUUGAUUUGCAAGAGUUCAUCACAACGCAUCGCUUGCCCAAGACCAAAUUGCAAGCGUAUCAUCAAUUUGGCCCCUAGUCCCGUUACCCCACCAGUACCGUCUAUGCCUGGCAUGUGCAGAGUGACUUGCGGGCACUGCCACGAUACGUUCUUGUUCAACACUCUCAACAAUUCACUGGCUAGAUGUCCGCAUUGCAGGAAGGUCUCGUCAGUGGGUCCAGAUUUUGCCAAGGGCAGAAGUAACUUAUUCCUAGCGAUUUCGGUAAUAAUUCUGCUGAUAGGAAUCGGCAUCGUUCUCGGUACUUAUAGCUACGCCCACAACCACAGCAGUAUGUACGUUCUCUAUGUAGGCAUCUUCUUGAUCGCUCUGAUAAUGCUUGCUCGUUCCAUCUAUUACUGUUCGAUGAAGGUGAGCAUCAUAGAGGGCCCCAUGUAAGCAAAAUCGACGUGGGAAAAUUUGUACUGCUUGAAUUAUACGAUACAAGGUGUAAUAUUUUUCAAACUCUUUAAUUUGUGAUUUGUUAGGCUCAUGGUAUCGUCACUUCUGGAAAAUAAUUCAUUCUAGACCCUAUACUAUUUACGCGUAUAUUCUGAAGGCGGUUUAUUCAUUUUGGUACUGACUGACUGAACUAUAGAAUUCAAGAGAAUUUUGUAAAUCAAUACAAUACUCAUCGUUUCACUAUCAUCCGAAAAUAUCUCUAUUAUUUAUUGGAAUUAAUUUUUGCAUUCUGCAAAAUAUAGAAAAAAAUUUCACUUAUUCAAUUUGAUUUACUUAAAUUUGAUAAAUUCACUUUUGUUGUGAACUUGCUUAUAAAUAUUUGAAAUUUCAUUAUCCUCGAUCUGCUAGGUGAUUGAAUAUGCAUCAUUUUUAUGAGCUGCAUUUGGCUUUGUAAUUUUGAUGAGUGCUGUGUUUUGAGUUUAGGUAAUAUCUUAAUUGUAUAAUCAAAAUACUGAAUGAUGUAAUUCUUUGGACGAAUCUUCAAAAGCAGUUGCAUAGAUUUUGAUGUGUCUCAGUAUUGGUCAUUCAAAUCGUCUUUAACAUUUUUAAAAGGUUGAAUUUGAUUGAUUCAUUUUUCAAAGCGAACACACUAAUGUUCUUUAUUCUUUUAAAUAUUUAUUUCUUUUCGUAUUCUAAUUCUUACCACUUGUGUUUUAAGCGAUAUUAUGAGCCUUUGUCAUAUAAUCAAAUGAUUAACUAUUGAUAAUUAGGUUUUCUAUUAGUAAUUAAGAUUAUAUCUUACAAUUGUAUAUAAUAUACUGGCUGCUUUGAAGUAAGCGUGAAUUUAGUCUGAAUAGAAAUGUGAUAAAGAACGAUUAAUCUAUAUUUUACUGCUUCUUUGUUUAACAUUCCCUGAAUUGAAAAUAUAAAUUAUACUAAUAUACCUUUCAAAAUUCCUUUAUAGAGAUGCUUUCUGUAUAUAAAUCCAAAAUUUCUGGAUUUUUUUAAGUGGCUCCUUGGAUCAUGAAUUUUUAGUAGAAUAUUUCCCUCGAAGAUUGAAUGAUGAUUGUCAUAUAAUUUGAAUAUUUUAAUUGUCAAAAUAAGUGAAUAUUGUGUGAGAGUUGAGUAUAAUAAAGUAUUUUAGGUUAA